AGUACAAAUGUUGGAAAGUCAGUUCACUGAGAAAUGGAUUUUGAAGUGUGGCUGUGCUCAUCCCAGCUCAGAAAAAAGGCUACCCUGCCCGAAACUGACGACACCCAGUGCCCCCUCCGUCCAGGAAAUGAGCCCACUGUGUGGCACGUGCCAGGGAGCCUCCUCGAUCGAUGAUAUAGGCCACACUCUGGCAAAGCUCACCGUGACACCUGGAACAGUAGCACCACGCAGCAUGACACCUCACACUGUCCUACCACCCGAAAAGUCACCCGGCACUGUCGUACCGCCUGUGAAGACGGAUGCAACAGCACCUACAGUCAACCCAACGGCCGGAUUGUUGUGUGGCGACUACGAAACCGCCGAUUAUGACUUGAGACAAUUAACCGGAGAACAAUACUGGAAUCUAAAUGUUCCCGGAGGGUGUUUCGAUUAUUACGAUCAGCCCAACGUUAUGUGUCAAUUCCACUUUGCAUUCUGCAAGCAAAUUCCUCCGGGUAUCGUAGGAGCAAAGACAGGCAUUGGCGCAGCGCAAGUCACAAACAUCGCUGGGAGUGGGCCCAUCAUCUUGGGUGGGUUGAGCCAAAUCGAGCAGAACGAGGAUGACAAGGGAACUCAACUUCUGAUACGAUUCCGUCAUGGCGAAAAUAAGAAAUGUGGCGGUGAAGAUAAAAAUCUGCAAGUUGAAAUGCAUCUCCAUUGUGACCCAAACACUCACUGGCUGUCAGCUCACAAUGGGUCAGCGCCAAACAUGCCGUCCACCACCAUAGUGUCUUUAGAUAAGCAGCUUUGCAAGUAUACAGUAACAACCAUGUAUGACGGUGCGUGUUUCACCUACCAAGGUCUAAGUGCUGGUACCAUCGUCAUCAUUAUCUUUUUCAGCUUAGUGUGCGUGUACCUGAUCGGAGGUGCCAUCUUUAACAAGAUGGGCGGAGCUAAAGGCCUGGAAAUUAUUCCCAACUACGACAUGUGGAGAAUGUUCCCUUCUGAUGUCAUGGGUGGUGUUGUUUUUGUGUGGGGCAUCAUCACCUGUCGCGGGAUGGGGUCGAAAGCUAAGGCAUAUGACGAUUUGUGAAGACGUGCAUGGUGUACUACCUUGGAUGUGAAAUCGAGACUCUUAUUCUCUUCGUCGUUGUAAUGAAACAUUUUGAGUAUUCUUGUCGAGUCCGGUAUUACUAAAUCAAAAUUGCAAGUCUUACCAUCUCGGUUCAGAAAACAAACUUUUCUGAAACAAUCAGUAUUUGAAGUUGGGAUGCUGGGGGGGGGUCAACCCUGGCUGCUAAUAUGCGUGUAUGUAAAAUGGUACCAGUUAAAAAAAGAGGACUCAUUCACACACUCUCCCCCGGUAUCACGCCCUCUUUCCUGAAAUCUGGGCCCGCCCCUAGCUGUUAUACUGAUGUCCAGGCUACUGAGUGCAGUGAUGGACGAGUCUUUAAACUUUUUUUGUAAACAAGAUUGAAGGUAUCUAAUCACGAAAAAGAUGUACAUGGAAAGAGAAAACUGUGAAAUGAGGGAAGUUAUGAGUACCAAAAUCUGAUUAAGAUUUAUUUUAUACGUUCCUUAUUCAAUUUUUUUGGGUCAAUGGAUUUGCUUCGGAGCAACCUUGACCAUGGACCAUGUAUGCCACCUAAAUAGGGAUGGCUAUGGUGACCCUCGAGGGACAUGACACAUUGCAAAAUAAUCUCUUUACAAAUAUUUGCGACAUUAUUUUCGAUGUUACAAAUAUUUGCAAAGAUAUUUGGGAUUGCUGUUCUGGGCUACCAUGCCACACAAGGCUCCUGGCGUUUUAGGAAGUAAAGAACGCGUUAUAAACUUGGGGAAAAAAUGAGUCAAAAGGAGUACGUACCUUUGUGUAACCAUAAAUUUGGUAAAAGCAUGUGAUGAAUUGUGCUUACCUUUUAGUUAAAUACUAAUUAUACAGUUAAAAUGUUUCAUUAUAUGUAUUCAGUUUUGAUAAUAUUUGAGCAGUUUGGCGAUGCAAUCAUAUACCAAUGUCUUCUUUUGUAUCGUGCCUUUUACCCAAGAAAUUCGCCCCCCCCAUAAGGAGGUCAAUUUAAUACGAAAAUAAUAAGUGAUUAUCUAUGAAUUUGCUGCAGUACUGAGCUUUACACUUUAUAGUCUUGCUUUUUAUCAACAGCACUAUCGAAAGGAGCCGACUUUAUGCAUGUAUAUAAAAACCUUGAUUAAAACUUAAACUCUUUUUGUGCAACUUUUUACAAAAUAAACGAUAUGAUUUGUCAAUUUAGAACGCUAUACGUGUACUUUCAAGGAGGAAGACAAUCAUUUUGAUGUAUUGAUUUUGUAUUUCUAUGAUUUUUAACGUGACAAGAUAAUAAAAUUAAAAAACAAA